AUGAAGAAACAAAGAGAAACCUACUCAGAACUGAAUCUGGCCAAGGACCCAAAGAGGCAGCAAAGAAAACCUAGGGCCACUGAAUGCUCUGUUUCAGAAACUAAACAGGAAAUAACCCAAAUGGAAUUAAAUCUUCAAAAUGCUUCUCUGGUUGUGCAAGAGAAUGAUAUGACCUGCCACAAUAAAGAUUUACUGUCACCUCCAAAGUUCACUGCUGAGAUACUGGGAAUAAUUUGUAUUGUCUUGAUGGCUUCUGUGAUAAAAACAAUAGUCCUUAUAUGUUCAUAUAAUUGUAGGCUUUGUCCAGAGGAAUGGUGUACAUAUUCCAAAAGUUGUUAUUACAUUGGAAAGGAAAUAAAAACUUGGAAUGAGAAAAUUUUUGUUGGUGGUGGCGGCUGCACUGGAGACCUGGCAGCGCAGAGCAGCGUGGAGGGUGGGGCGCCGGUGGCAGAUGAGGGAAUCGAACUGUUGGUCAUCUGGAGCCAGCGUGUGACUGAAGACUGGCUUCACCUGCUCUCUGCUUGUUCCCCACAGCCCUCUGUUGCCCGUACAACCUGA